GUUAAUCGGCAAUCGAACAAACCUUAACAAAUGUCAAAGUCAAUUUCAAGUUGUUGUCAAAUUUUAUUAAAGAAAAUAUAAAUUUUCAUAUUUUUGUUAAUUAAUUUAAAGAAAGAAAAUAAUUUAUAAAUAAAAUGACUGAUGAUGAUGUUAUCAAAAGGCGUCUAUUAAUCGAUGGUGAUGGCACAGGCGACGACCGCCGGCUUAACAUUCUCCUAAAAACAUUUAUCAAAUGGUGCUCCACCAAGAAUGAUACUCCAGAAAAUAAUCAAAUAAUCUAUGACCGUCUACUUGCCCAGUUGGCUCAAUGCACCUUUGCCGCCACCAAAUCACAGACAAUCGAAAAGAUGAUCCAACAGGAACUCAAGAACUACGAAACCCUAUCCAACACCAUUGAGGCUAGCAUCGAGCUAGCCAACAAGGAAAUCGAAACCAGCAAGGCUGAGUUAGUGUUAGCUAAGAAAAUCCGCAAAAAUCGCAUGGAAUAUGAUGUUCUGGCCAAAGUCAUACAAACCCAACCAGAUCGUGAGGAGACUUCAAAGAAGCUUGAAACUCUCAAGACCGAAUUGAAGAAUCUCGAAGAGGAAGAAAUCCGUCUUAAUCGGAAGCUGGAUUAUAGAAAAAAGAAUUUCUAUCUUCUGAUGCAUUCAAUUCGGGAAUUGCAAUCGAAGCUGAACGAUAGCUCCAGCGAGGAGGAUCAGUACGACGAUGAGAGCAUAGACCACAUGUCCGAUGAUGAACAGAGUUUCUGGGACGAAAUCAAGAGCAGUGUCGAUUGUGUGAUUCUGGAAAGCAAUGAAAAUGAUACAAAAUCUACAGUACCACCGCCAGAAGCUUCUCCUGGUCUAAAGUUAGAAACUAAGUGAAGAAAAUGUGGAGUGUUUUGAGGAAAUUUGAAUGGAAUUUUUAUUUAUAAACAACUUUGCAAAUAAAUAUUAAGUCAACAACCUG